ACCUGGUAAGUCGCCAGUGUCGGAUCGUGAGAUAGGGGAGUGUGUGAGGGCAGGUUCGCCGUACCGUUGGGACAUUUAAAUCGCCCGCAAGCAGGCUCGCUCGACGGCAAGACCGAAAACGAAACUACGCAACCGAACGCGCGACGACGAGCAACGAAGUAACCCGUAAAAGAACGUCAAGGAAAAGAAACGGUGUCGUUUUUUGGUUUGAAUCGCGGCGGAUCCUGACCGAGACCGAAUCUCUCGCCCGGUGGACUUUAAAACGCUCGCGACCGAAAUACUUGCGGAGAGGAUACCCGAGGCGUCGCUACCGACGAGCAACAGGCCGAAUUACGCUUAUUUAUUCGAAUCCUACGCGCUGACUCCCGUCGACGAGUUUCUUAUUUAUUAAAAGCCCCCUAGUGUAUUGUUAACCCGUGGCUGAGUCCUUUCUUGCACCCUGCACGACCGGUGGUCCAGCCUACGACGAAGGAUACGAUCAUCGACGAGGAGAUAGAGAGCAAGGAAGAAAAAAAGGACGAAGAGGACGGUGGAGAGAUAUCCUGCGUCAGAACGAAAACAGAACCGGAGACGACGGCGACGGACAGUGGUGUUUGUUGUGCAUGAAAGGAAACAAUUUUUUCCCCCCCUUGUCUACCUUACCGACGGUAUACAUACGAGUUCCUCGUGUACGUACACAAAUUAUUGUUUUUCGCGUAGACGGUCCUCUAGGUGAGUGAUAUAUCGGAGUCAUUGGCCGAAACCAAGGUCCUGUAACGUGUCUCUCUUUCGUAUAUACACGCUCGGCCGUAAGUACACAACCGGCCCCGUGCACGUGUGCGUGUAAAUACGCAUAACCACGCGCUGCGGCGUACAACGACAUAGUAUUUUUGGUGUUUAGUGUUAUUACUGCUUCCCUCGUCCACCCCCUGUUUUUGAGUGGUACCGGUACCGGCGGCGGGCGACACCGGGCAUUCCCACCGCGCGGAUCUGUGUGAACUCUCUUUUUCCGUCCCGUGUAUCUUUACGAUCGAUUCGACGACGUGCAUGCUCUGUCUGGCCGCGCCGGCGAAAAACAGUUUGGCAACGUGGCACGUGAGCAAAGUGAGACCGCGGCUACGACGUAGACGACGACGGCGACGGCGACGACGGUGAUAUCGACGGACGUUCCGCCGGGAGAGAGAAAGAGAAGACGCGAGAAGAGGAGUAUAGCGACGGAGGGAAGAGAGCGAGACGGGAAGAGGGAGAAAGAGAGGAACGCCAGAACGAUCCCCGUGGCGCACCACGAGCCGUGUCGUCCUCUCCUUGCUCUCUUGCUCGACAGAAACGCGGAAUCUUCGAUCGGUUGGUUCCGUGUCGCGUAGAACGAGUUAGAGGGAGACGGAUAGCCGCGGACCUGCAUUAGAGCGACGGAGAUAGGUCGUGUGAAGAAGAGAGAGAAGGAGAUAGAGAGGAGGCUGUGUGUGCCGCACAGCCGCAGCGUGCUCGAGAGGUUAGAAAACGCGACGGUAACAUGGAUUUGCUGUGCUGCGAGACGACCGAGACUGAAUGCAGAGCUUACGCUGAUCCCGCUCUACUUGGUGACGACCGUGUGCUGCAGAAUCUGCUGAAAACCGAGGAGAGAUACGCGCCCAGCAGUUCUUACUUCGAGUGUGUGCAGAGGGACAUCUCGCCGCUCAUGCGCAAAAUCGUCGCGGAGUGGAUGUUGGAGGUAUGCGAGGAGCAAAAGUGCCAGGAGGAGGUCUUUCCCCUCUCGAUGAACUACGUCGACAGGUUCCUCUCGAUCUGCCCGAUCAGGAAGUCGCAGCUGCAGCUGCUGGGAACCGCCUGCCUACUCCUCGCCUCGAAGCUGCGGGAACCGUCGCCGCUCGCCGCCGAGGUCCUCGUCUUCCACACGGACAACUCCAUCACCCUGGAUGACUUAUGGAGGUGGGAACAGCUGGUCGUCUCGAAGCUGAAAUGGGAAUUAUCCGCGGUGACGCCUGGCGACUUCCUGAUGCACAUCCUGAGCAGACUGCCGAUGCCGCGUACCUGGGACCCAGUGAUGGUCAGGAGGCACGCGCAAACCUUCAUCGCCCUCAGCGCCAGAGAGUACAAAUUCUCGAUGUACACGCCGAGCAUGAUCGCGGCCGCUAGCGUCGCGGCUGCCCUCCAUGGUCUCGAUUGGACUGGGAAGAGCGGUUACGGGCUUGCUGGCCUCCUCGACGAGCUUACACGCAUCACGGCUAUCGAACAGGACUAUCUUCAGGGCUGCCUAGAGCAGAUCGAGGAGAUGGUAUCGCAAGCGCACGUGGGCAGUGACGGCGGUAACGGGCACCACCAGGUGACCGGCGGCGCGGUGACGGGGGGACAGCAGAGGCCUCUGGGGGACGAGAUGACCAGCCAGGAGAAGAUCCUGGAGCACGAGAAGGCGGGCACGCCGACCGACGUGAGGGACGUCCAUUUUUGAGAGACGCCGCUGAGGGAAACUCUGGCCAGGGUGACUCUCUGCUGAGCCUAGAGGCCUGCGACGAACGUCUGGCGAGCAGCGACGACUCGGACGCUGACGCUGACGCUGACGGCGCCACGGCCGCGAAGAGGAUCAAGCUAAACGAUGAAGAUAACCAGACCGAACGCGAGCAAGACUCCUGACCGAGGCUCGAUCGAAUCGCCGGCGUUUCCGCUGUUUCCUUCGCUAGCAAACGGGAAGAACGACCGACCACUGAGAACCGCUCGAAAAAGAGGGAAACCGUAAA